AUGGCGCUGCACCACCUCCGCCUCGCGCCGCUCGCGCUCCUUCGCGCCGCGAGCCUCCCGCCUCUCGCCUCCUCCCGUAUCGCCGCGCGCCGCCACGUUCACGUUCUCCUAUUCGCGCCGCCGUCGUGGCCGUGGCGCCUCCUGUCGCCCGCUGCGAGGCCGCGCGCGCUUGCCACCGCGGCCGAGGCCGAGGCCGACGACGCUGGCUCGGGCUCGGGCAACGGCUUCUUCGCCGAGAGCACGUCGUGGGCUUCACUCGGCGUAUCAGAAAGCCUCGCGUCCGCCCUGCGCGGCGCCGGGCUCUCGAGGCCUUCCCAUGUCCAGGCAACCUGUAUACCACAUGUUCUCAUGGCAAAUGAUGUAAUUGUCGCAGCAGAGACUGGCAGUGGCAAAACCCAUGGUUACCUUGUACCUUUGAUUGAAAAGCUGUGCUCAAAAUCUUCUACCACCAAAGAUGACAAUUCUGAGGAGACCACCCCAGGGGCACAUGACAUUGUGUUGGUCCUUUGUCCCAAUGUCAUGCUCUGUGAUCAAGUUGUUCGCAUGGCUAAUUCAUUGCUUGACGAGUCUGGUGAACCACUUAAAAGUGCUGCUGCUGUUUGUGGGCCAAAGGGCUGGCCAGCUGUUCAUCCAGAUAUUCUUGUAGCCACUCCAGCUGCUCUCUUAAACUAUCUGUUUGACUAUGACCCAGAAAAGAGGCGAAGAGAGAGAUUCCUGCGUGAUGUAAAAUUCGUAGUGUUUGAUGAAGCAGACAUGCUACUUUGUGGAAGUUUUGAGAACCAGGUCAUUCGUCUCAUCCAUAUGUUGAGAUUUGAUGAAAAGCUACUUUCUAGAGCACAGGAUUCUGGAAAGGAAGUAUCACCUGGGAGUGAUGAUGAAUAUCAUGAGGAUUCGAGGUUUGAGACUGCUGAAUUUAGUGGUUCUGAUGAGGAAAUUGAAGACAAUAUUGUGCAAGAUAGACCUGUAAAGGUGGAGAAUAGUCAUGUUGGAGCACACAAGGACUGGAGGAGAGUUAGAAAAAUAUUCAGACGCAGCAAGCAGUAUGUCUUUGUUGCUGCCACCCUUCCUCAGAGUGGGAAAGAAACUGCUGGUGGUGUGCUAAAGCGUAUGUUUCCAGAUGCUGUAUGGGUUAGUGGCACUUAUCUGCACCGUCACAACCCCAGAUUAGAGCAAAGAUGGAUAGAGGUCACUGCUGAUACACAAGUUGAUGCUCUUCUGAACGCAGUUAAAUAUGGCCUGAAGAGUGAAGUUCAUGAUGCUAAAGAUGUUCCAAGACGCAUUAUGGUCUUCACAAACACCGUUGAUGCUGCCAAUUCAGUCUCUGAUAUAUUGCAGCGAGUUGGUAUUCCAUGUAUCUUGUACCAUCGUGAGAGUUCCUUGGAGGAGAGGGCUAACAAUUUGCAGUCUUUCCGGGAAAAUGGUGGUGUGCUUGUAUGCACUGAUGCUGCUGCCCGUGGGCUUGAUGUCCCAAAUGUUUCUCAUGUCAUUCAGGCAGAAUUUGCUGCCUGUGCUGUUGAUUUUUUGCACAGGGUGGGCCGCACAGCCAGAGCUGGUCAAUCUGGUAUAGUGACCAGCCUAUACACAGAGGCAAAUCGUGAUCUUGUAAGAGCAGUUCGUCAAGCAGAGGAGUUGGCUCAGCCAGUGGAGAGAGCAUUCAGCAGGAAAAGAAGCUUUCGCAACAAAUUAAAGAAGCAAGCAUUACAAAAACGUGAAGCACUGGUAUCUUGA